GGGCAGCAACGCGCCUAGCAACAGCCUCGCAACCACAAAGAAGACGCGGUCAGAGGUGAAAGUUGACUUCGGUAAAAACAUGGUUGAACACGGGGAUAUCCGCGUGGUUCACCGAGGUGGCAGUAAAAUAAACUUCAGGGAGCCUGUCAUAACCCAUGACUCAAGGUAUCUGCUCUGCGCCUCGGGGGAGUGUGUGAAGGUGUUCAGCACCUCCACGGAGGAGUGUAUCCACGACCUGCGGGGACACACCGGCCUGGUGACGGGUGUGCUGCUCAAACCCUCCAACCACCUGCAGGUCUACUCUUGCUCAGCAGAUGGCACUGUCAGACUUUGGGACUACACAGACGGCAUCCUUAUCAAGACGCUCGUCAUUGGAUACCCGGUUUACUCCAUCUGUGCAUCUGCGACCCACGAAGGAGUCGUCUUCAUCGUUACUCCCACGCUCAGUGACAAAAGAUCUGAUUUAUUCCAGCUGGUUGCGGUAGAUCUUCCACAGAGCGGCGAUCAGCUGGUGGAGGCCCGAGAGCUUUCUGCUGUGCUCAGCGAUGUCAGCUCCAACCCAGCGGCCAUUGUCUUCGGCAGAGGGGGGGAAUAUAUUGCUUCAGCCAAAGGUUUGCAUCUAGAGGUCUACUUCUUCAAGAAGCAGAAGUCAUACAGGUUUUCCCUCAAAGAAGACAACAAGAAGGGAGGCAAGAACACAUUCACGUGCGUCGCCUGUCAUCCAAAAGAUGACUGCAUUGCCACGGGCCAUGAAGACGGAAAGAUUCGCUUGUGGAGAAACUUCAACCACAAGAAGGAGUACACGUACUCCACCUUGCACUGGCACCACAGUGCUGUCAGCUCGCUGUGCUUCACCCCAGAAGGCACCAACCUGCUGAGUGGAGGCAUGGAGUCGGUGCUCGUCCAGUGGCGAUACAACCAAGAGGCCGAGCGGGACUUCCUGCCCCGCCUGGGCUCGGCCAUCACCCACAUCACUGUUUCACCUGACGGAGCGUUGUUCUGCACCUCACACAGUGACAACAAGAUUACGAUCAUCCAGAGUUGUGUUAAAGUGUCAGCUGUCAUUCAGGGCCUGGUCAAAGGAGAAAGUGUGAGGACAGACUUGAUGGUGGACCCACGCAGCAAAUCCCUGGUGCUCAACGGGAAGCCAGGCCACCUGCAGUUUUACUCCCUCCAAAGAGACAAACUGCUGUACAACCUGGACAUAGUGCAGCAGGAGUACAUCCAUGAGUCGGGCCUGGAGCAGUUUGAGGUGGUCGCGGCGUCCUUCGAUGCCUCUGGCAGCUGGCUGGCGACCGUGGAGGAACGAAAGCAGAGAGACGCGGAGCUGGAGCUCAACUUAAAACUCUGGGCGUUUGAUGAACAAACACAGAGUUUUGUGCUGAACACGACCAUCUCGGCCCCCCACGAGGCGCGGAUUACAGCCACGUGCUUCUGCCAGGCCAGCGACAGCCAGACCACCAUGCUGGUCUCCACCAGCAAGGACGGACACUUCAAAGCCUGGCAGCUGGCCGCGCCUGCCCCCACGGAGGAUGAAGGUCCGUCCUGGUCAUGUGACUUCGUGGGAGCCUAUCACGGCCUUGUGCCUGAGUGCUGCUGUUUCUCAGCCGACGGGUCUUUGCUGGCCGUCAGCUUUCAGGAGGUGGUGACUGUGUGGAGCCCGGCUUCCUGGGAGCUCCUGACAACUCUGUCCCAGCCGCCAAAAGCUGUCAGGUCAGAGGAUAAACACGCACUACAAUACCCCACACAUUCCCCAGGGCUGGGUGUGCAACCUCGAUAUCUACUACUUAACCCUUGCAUGCAUUUUGACAAGGACACAAUGUUUGUUUUUAAGCCCAGCGAGCCUCGGCCCGUGUUUUCCCAGAAGGCCGUGUGUUCGGGGAAGGUGACCCGCGCUGUCUUCGCCCCGAGGGACGAGCUGCUGGAGAGCUGUGAGGAGAGCAGCCAGUGGCUCAACCACUCCCAGCUCUACUUCCUCACGCCCUACAUGGACCUCAUGACAUUCACCACCAAGGCGGAGGAAGACCGACUGAUGGCGUCCAGCAAACAGCUUGUAAUCGAUGACACCGUCGCCAUGACACCAUUCUACCUGUUGCUGGGGAAACACCGUCAGCAGGAGGAUCCUGACCCCCUGAGUGGCCCGUCUGCUGAGAGGAGGCCUCUGCCGCGGGGCUCUGGUGCUAUCAGAGAGCUUCUGCAGACACCGGCCCACGUCUUGCCCUCUACGACUUUCCUCUGCUCCAUGUUUGUAGAGUCGCUGCUCAUCUCCGUUAGCAACAGCAGGGAGGAAACUAAACCUGCAGAGGAGGAAAUGGAGAGCGAGAAAGAGGAAGAGGAUUCAGAAGGGGAAAUGGAGUCAGGCACCCGGAGACAGGAGGAGGCGUCGCUGGGGGGCCAGGGGGGCCCCGGUCUGACCAAGGCCCAGCUUAGGGAACUGAGAAGGGUGAAGAAACUGGACCACAGCUGGUUCACAGGCCUCCUGCAGUCUUGAGCAUGACCCUGUGGAAAGACACUCGCGCACGCACACACACACACACACACACACACACACACACGGUGCCUAUAGGACGUUUUCAGCACAUCAGUGGGUUUUAAUUAAAGAAAUGAUUUAUUGGGUUAUGAUCUAUCAGAAUGGAUUUAUUUUGGAAAAGAGAA